AUGCUUCCAGGGCUUCCCACACCCGACACAUGCACCACCACCACCACUCAAGCUACCUCGAGCAGCACCACUCAUGUCAUCGGUGCUGCCCCGCACUCUGCCUUAACCGGGGUAGGCGGCCAAGCUAUAAGUUCGCCUCCUGCUGCUGCCGCGACCUCACGCGCCGCCCUCCUGUCUAGUCCUGCUGGCGGUGUGACCGUGACCGUGACCGGAGGGGCGUCGUCUUCCUCUUCAGCACCCAAGAUGUUGUUCUCGGAUUUCUACAAGUCCACCAAGUCGCCGCUGUCCAGGCUGCGGCCUCAGUCCCAGCCCAUCCCCGUGGCGGCUGACUUUGAUGCCGAUCUGGUGAGCAAGGACAAGGCAAAGCAGAAGGAGGCCGUCAGGAAGUAUCUGGCCAACAAGAUACGCAACGACUGGGAGUUCAAAUGGCCAUUGGCAACACCGUCACAGAGCAAUGGUACUGCUCAAAGCACCACGCAAGAGGCCACCAAUUCGCCUUCCCAGGAAGGUACCAACGUAGAGACGUUGGCCCCAUCACAGGAAACCCAGUCGCCCAAGCAUGACGAUCUGGAGGAGGGUGAGGAGGAGGAAGUCAGUGAAAACGAUGCCGACGACGACGACGAUGAUGAUGCUGCCUCGGUCUAUAGCACAGUCUCAGAAGACCCGGCACAUUUCAAGCCUCGGCUGGAGUGGGUGUCAGAGCUGUCCGACGAUGAGGUUCCAGUCCCUCUUUCGGCUUACCGCUUCGACACACCUGAGACGGUAGGACAGUCGGUACUAGCGACUGCCUUGUCCAAACGAGCCAAGAGGAGACGGGCAGUACGUGAGGAGGAGACGUGGAAUCCGGGGCUGGCAUGUUUCAAUGCUCGGCGGGAUGCGUGGACAGCCGCAAAGACAGCUCGCUUAAAACCAAAGCCUCCGCCGAGCCCAGUCUCUCCGUCACCGUCACGGCGCAUGUCCUUCUUCCGCUUUGCGUCCCCAACGUCGCCGCCAAUCUCCCCCAGCGUCCCGCUCUCGCCGACUGCCACUCACGUGUCAGGCGAUACCACUGUCGUCGCAUCGUCAGACGGAGAGUCCAAGGAUGUGCCGACCAAGCCCGACUCUGCACUCUACCCAGUGGAGACCUUGCUGCCGCUCGCGCCACCUCUGCUGCCGCCAGCGAAUCCAAUGCGCGCCUCUAUUACCCCGGCCACUUACCCUUCCAUCUACGAUAGGAUCGUUGUGCAUUCGAUGACCCCUUCCUGUCCCAUCAACCUAUCUGACGUCCUACGGUCCUGCGUUGCCGGUUGGAAGCGCGAUGGCGAAUGGCCCCCUCGACCGGCAGACAUGCCGACACCUGUCGUCGCUGUCCGCAAGAAGAAGCGGGAGAGCAACGCCAGUCACGCCCGUACCCCCAGUACGGGGCGGCGGAUGAGCUUUGGGUUCCUGGGUCGGCGCGAAAGCGCUGCUGGGGAUGCCCAAGCCGCGGCAACGAGCCAUGACGAUGGCGGCUCUGGCGGCAAGGGCAUCCGGAAAAGUCUCCAGCGAGUUCUCGGGCUAGGCCAUGAGCGCAGCGCCAGCAAUGCCAGCAAUACCGGCGCCGCGGCGUGA